AUGACUAGUGUUAAUCGAACUAUAUAUGAAUUACCACGAUUUCAUCCAAUCAAACCUUAUGUGUUAUUUUAUAUUCAUCGAACACAAGCACAAUUCGUUUUCGAUGAACUCAUUAAUCUAGCAACAAAAACCAAAUUAUUUACAAUUGUACCAAAAAAUAGGUCCUUAUAUUCUAAUUAUAUGUUGAUUCAUGUUGAACUCAUUCAAAAUUCACAAACAAUAAUUGCUCUGAUCGAAUAUUCUAAUGAAAGUGAUCGAAAUUCUUUUUAUUACCAUUUACUCCAUACUUUCUUUACUAUUCUCUUUGAUUCCUCAAAAACAAUUCAAACAUGGGGUAAUCUUCUCGAUCAAUUAGUACCUUAUACACGGUAUGGUCUAUUUGCAUGUAGUGAUGCAAGUCAAGCUCAAUCAAUUGAUAUUCAAAAACAAUUUAAACCAUGGUAUAAUAAUAUAUUUCGUCAUAAUAUUCAAUGUCAUCAGUAUCUGAAAUAUGAUGAAAUUGAUAGUACAUUAUGUACAUGUGCUCAUCGACCCUAUAAAUCAUCGUCAUGUCAAUGGUCAAUAUCAAAAGCUAUUGCUUAUACAUUUGAAGAACGUUAUGAUUCUUAUAGUCUUGAUAUUCAUAAAUGUAUAGCAAUUACUAAACUAGGACAUGUUAUUCAUGAAAAAUGGACUAGUGAAAUGUUAAAAGCUUAUCAACAGAACCUACAUAUCAAUGAAAAAGUAAUGAAAUUAAAUUUCGAUAAAUAUUUUCCUCAAUGA